AUGCGCAACCUGCGUACCAUUCGAUAUGGCUCGUGGGAGCAUCCAGGGCCCAUUACAGCCACCUGCUGGGACCCCGCCAAAGACGAAGUGAUAUGCGCGAUUGGGCCUAGUGAAGGAAGAUCUACCAUAGAGCUCGUAAGGCUUGGAGAGAAAGGAUCAGAAAUAGUUGAAAAGUCCAUCGCGUCUUGGGAGCUUCAGGUUGCAAGCCCUGAUGCACCGGUGGAUAGAGUUUUAAGUCUUCAUCAUGCUAGCGAUACCCUCACUACCUCGCUUAUUUUCGCAAAUGGGGACUUCGUUAUAGUGAGGGAGAGCGAGUCUCUGGACCCAGAAGACGGUCCCCACAUCGAGAUUGUGGGCAGCAUAGAUGAUGGGAUCGCUGCUGCUCGCUGGUCUCCGGAUGAAGAGCUUUUACUCGUAAUCACUAAAGCUGACGAGGUUCUAUUCAUGGACCGCGACUUUGACCCUAUCACACAGACCAAAAUGACGGUUGACGACCUGAAGAUUUCCAAACAUGUGUCGGUGGGAUGGGGUAAGAAGGAGACACAAUUCCAAGGACGCGGAGCAAGAGCCUUGAGGGACCCCACGAUACCUGAAAAAGUUGAUGAAGGAGUGUUGAGUCCAAAUGACGAUAACUCCACCGCCAUCAGUUGGCGUGGAGACGGCGCUUACGUCUCAGUAAACUCCAUCCAAGAUGGCAAACGGAGAGUGAUCCGUGUCUAUAGCCGUGAGGGGGCGCUCGAUAGCGUCAGCGAGCCUGUCGAUGGGUUGGAGGGCGCCUUGAGCUGGAGGCCGUCGGGAAAUCUCAUUGCGGGUAUCCAGAGGCUGUCAGACCGUGUCGAUGUUGUGUUCUUCGAGAGAAAUGGUUUGAGGCACGGACAGUUCAGCUUGCGCUCCUCCAGUGAGAGGAUAAGACUCGAGUGGAACUCUGACUCUACAGUCCUGGCCGUGACAUUCUCCCAUUCUGUCCAGUUAUGGACGAUGGGUAACUAUCACUGGUACCUAAAGCAAGAAGUUCCCCUUGCACCAUCUGAGGUGGUAGGGCUGGCAUGGCACCCCGAGAAGGCGCUCCGGCUUACAACCGUUAUCAAAGGUAUCGAUCUCCAGUCCUUCCCAGGCAGGGAAUCACGCUCACACAUGCCAAUAGAUACCGUACUAUUCUCCGAGUACAAUUUCACCACGACGCAAGGAACCCUUGCGCCUCCCAAUGACUUCGGCGCGGCCGCCGUCAUCGACGGCAGCACUAUCAACCUCACCCCUUUCAGGACAGCGAACAUUCCGCCUCCCAUGUCCAUGUUCCAAGUCACCGUCGAGGGAAAUGCUAUAGAUGUUUCCCUUGGCUAUAACGACGAUCUUAUCGCCGUUUUGCAUACCCGAGGUGUCGAUGUAUACUCUUGGACGACGAAAAAUGGGCGCAGGGUUGCCCCUAGUCUAGUUGCAAAGGGCUCUAUCGCAGACGCUGACCAAGCCUUUGGCAAGGAGUCUGCCCUACAGAUAUUCCAAUCCGGUGAAGGAGAGUUCAGUAUCCUAAGCCAAUCAUACACCACUCUUGCACGACCGUUUGCAAUCGAUCCUUCAAACAACAGUGUACAGUGGCUCGACUCGAUCCCGCUUGCUGCGGACGCCUCGGUCCUGUUGGCAACGACGUCAAGUUACAUGGACGGAGCUACGGUCAAUGGUUAUGUGCAAGGGCGCGGCGGAAGUGUACAGGCGGUAUUUGGAGGCUUCGCCGAGCCACUGGAUCUCAAGUUUGCUAGCCUGCUGCCCUGGAGCCGAAUCGUCACUGUUGGUGAGGACCUCCUUGCUAUUGGCCAGACGAGAAAUGGCCUCCUCUACGCCGGUAACAGGGUCCUUGCAAGGAACUGCACGUCGUUCUUGGUUACCCCCAAUCACAUAAUUUUCACUACCAAUAACCAUCUGGUGAAGUUCAUUCACCUCGAUGACGUUGACUCGAUGGAGGUCCCCGCAGAUGAUCCCGAAACGGACGAGCGGUGUCGGAGUAUCGAGCGAGGAGCUCGACUUGUGACGGCCAUCCCCACCAAUAUGAGCCUUGUUCUGCAAAUGCCUAGGGGCAACGUGGAGACCAUCUUCCCUAGAGCCAUGGUCGUCGCCGGAAUCAGGAAGCUUAUCGACGAGAAGAACUAUAAGCGGGCGUUCUCCUACUGCCGUACCCAGCGAGUUGAUAUGAAUAUUCUUUACGAUCACCGCCCAGCGCAGUUCAUUUCGAAUGUUGGCCUGUUCCUCGACCAACUAGAAGACGUCACUUAUAUUGACCUCUUUCUCUCGUCUCUCAAGGAAGAAGAUGUCACUCAGACAAUGUACAAAGAUACCAAACGCCAAAAUGCGGCUGUUGUUGACGGCUUUGGUGAAGCAGCUCAAGAGAAGGGGGCGGAGGAAACUGACAAAUCCACCAGCAAAGUAAAUAGGAUCUGUGAUGCAGUUUUGCGUGGUCUCCAAAGCCGCAAGGCAACGAACCUUCAAAAUACGAUAACUGCCCACGUCUGCAAGGUGCCACCUGCUCUUGAGGACGGCUUGAGUCUCGUGGCCGGGCUGAUGCGAGAAGACGAAAGCCUUGCGGAGAAGGCGGUCGAGCAUAUUUGCUUCCUAGUCGACGUGAACAGGCUUUACGAACAUGCUCUUGGCCUAUAUGACCUUGAGCUCACAUUGUUGGUAGCCCAGCAGGCGCAAAAGGACCCUCGAGAGUACCUGCCCUUCGUUCAGAGCUUGCACGAAAUGACAGAACUAAGGCGGCGAUUCACUAUAGACGACUACUUGAAUCGGCGCGAGAAGGCACUCUUACAUCUCAAGGAGCUUAACGCGUUCGAUGAGCUGCAAAACUAUGUCGUCAAGCAUGGCCUUUACCAGAAGGCUCUAGAGACAUACCGGUAUGAUCGGGAGCGAUCUAAUGUGAUUAUGGAGUUAUACGCUGCGCAUCUAGAGUCCAAGUCGCAAUUCAGGGAAGCUGGCUUGGCGUAUGAGUCACUGGAGAAUUACCAGAAGGCUACCAGCUGUUACCGAUCAGCCGGUGCUACUUGUUGGCGAGAGUGUCUCUUCACCUCACAGCUGCAGACGCCGCCAAUUUCAGGCGCAGCUCUAGACGAACUCGCUACAGAUCUGGCGGAAGCAUUGUGGGAGGCCAAGGACUAUGCCUCUGCUGCCACUAUCCACGACGAAUACCUCUCUUCGCUCGAGAUGGCCGUAAAGUGUCUUUGCAAGGGCUACCAUUUCGCCGAUGCCAUGCGCCUAGUUGUCCGUAGGGGACAGCCCGAACUCCUCCCGACGGCUGUGGAUACAGGCAUAACAGAGGCCCUCAGCAGCAGCACCGAAUUCCUAGCCGACUGCAAAUCACAACUCAAGGCCCAAGUCCCCCGUAUCCUCGAGCUCAGGAAACGCGCCGCCGAGGAUCCCCUAGCGUUUUACGAGGGCGAGCGCGCUGGCGGUGAGGACAUCCCCGACGACAUCUCCGUAGCCGCCAGCUCGAGGAUCAGCACGAGCGCCAGCUUGUUCACGAGGUAUACCGGUAAAUCGGGCAGCGUGGGCACGGUCGGCACGGGUGUGAGCCGCGCGACGAGUAAGAAUAGGAGGCGGGAGGAGAAGAAGCGGGCCAGAGGCAGGAAGGGAACGGUCUACGAGGAAGAGUAUCUCGUAAACAGUGUGCGCAGAUUAGUGGACCGGGUCGAAGGUGCUAAGGGCGAGGUUGAGAGGCUUGUUUUUGCGCUUGUGAGGAGGGGUAUGCAGGAGAGGGCGAGGGCGGUGGAGGCUCUAAUGGCGGAGGUUGUGGCGGCUUGUAAGGUGGCUAUCGGGAAGGUGUUCCCGCAGGAAGAGAAGCAGGAGGCGGAUGGGCAGACCGAGGAGGGAGUGUUGAGGCCGACUGGGGCCGAUGCUGUGUUGCAUGAUUUGUUGGAGAGUCAGGGGAAGAAGCAAGAGCCUCCUAUGAUCACCGAGGUUCGUAGGCUUACGUUACUUGGAUAG